AUGCUUUUUGGGGUAAGGGCUUCCGGCUAUCGAGUUAUGUACAGCAAGCCCAGACCGCAAAAAGAUUCGCGAAGGGCAGAGUCUGCCGGCGUCUUCGGUCCGCCGCCGCCGCCGCCGCCGCCGCCGCCUCCAGCCCGGGGUGGCUCCGAACCCGGCGCCGAGCCCGCCGGCCUCCCCUGCGCGCUCCGCCGCGGCUCAGCCUUCCCGCCCCGCGCGCGCCCCGCGCCCCCCGCGCCUCCUCCACGCCGCCCGCGACCCCCGGCUCGGCCCGCACAGGCGCGAGCCAGGCGCGUGGAGGGAGAGGAGCGGAGCGCGGAGAGGAACCAGGCACCCCGGCGCCCGGCCUCCACCCCGUCCGCGCGCGCGGCGCCCCGAGCCUCCCCGCCGGGCCGGCCCACCAGCCCGCGGCCCCCUCCGGGGCUCCGCCAGCCCCGCUACAAGGUCGCGCAUCUCCGAACAGGUACAGUUCGGAUUCCCCCUGCGCCCGCUCCCGUCCCUCCUAGUCCCCCAGCCGAGGUUCCAGCCGUGACUACAGGCGCUGCAUGGCUGAGGGGAACAACAAGGGACGAGCCCCUCGCGGGUCGCCGGCUCCCACAACCGCGGGAGAUUCUGGCCUCUGCAGAAGGAAAGAGCGGGGAGGGGCGGGGAGGAGGGCGAUCUCUGGCGUGCGUCCUCCCUGCUCCCGCUCCCCCUCUCCCCCGCGGCCCCCGCGGCCCCGCCAUCCAUCCAAACUUUGAGGGGCUGCCCUCCUUCCUCCCACCGCAGCGCCGCCCUUCCCGCGUCGGCUCCGGCGCGCCCCCCCGCCCCCCGUAUCCAAGAAGGGCGUGGGCAAGGGAACGUUCCGAGCACCUCCCUCCCCAACCGGAGUCUCCUCGCCGCCUCCGCGGGGGAAAACUCAGCCAGGGUGGGAUGCUGCAAACAGUGCAACAAAGUUGCCAUAUUUGUCCCCUGCCUGCCCGGGAUCGACGUGCGGCGGGCGCGGGCGCGCACACACUCCUGCUCCGCAUGCCGGGGACGGGCGCCCCUGGACGGAGUAGCCCGCGUCCCCGGGCGCCUGUAGACCCUCCUCCCCGCCCCUCCAUCCCACUCCAUCCCGCUCCAUCCCGCUCCAUCCCCGGCCCAGCACCCCGGGCACGGCCGCCGGAGACGCGCGCGCACACGCCCCCCGAGCGCUCGGGGGGCUCCCGGGUCUGCGCCCGCCCCUGCGCCGCGGGCCCACGCGAGGAAAAGUUGCGCGCAGCCCACCUGCCGCCGGCGCCCCCCCCCCCCGCCCCGGCUCCUUACCUGGGCCCGGGGCCCCGGAGCGCGCCGGUCCCGUCCGCACUGCAGCCGGCUCCGGGAGUCCCUUCCGCGCGGCCCGCUCCCCCCGGCCUCCCCGCCCCCACGGGGCCCGCCCGGCGGCGGACGGGCUCUCCAGAUUCUCCUCUUCGGUGGGUCGGCUGCGGCCGGGAGGAGGCUCCCGCUCGCACUCGGCGCUUUGUGCUCGGCGCGGGCGGCCGCCACCCGGGCGUGCUGGCUGCUGCGGCCCGAGGGCGGGCCCCCAGCUCGGCGCCGCAGCUCGCCCCAGCUCAGCGCCAGCUCGCCCUAGCUCAUCUCCAGCUCAGCACCCAGCUCAGCAUCCAGCUCAGCAUCCCAGCUCGCCCCAGUUUAUCCCCCAGCUCGCCCCAGCUCAUCCCCAGCUCGCCUAGCUCGCCCCAGUUCGCCCUAGCUCGCCCCAGUUCAUCCCCAGCUCGCCCUAGCUCAUCCCCAGCUCAUCCCCCAGCUCAUCCCCAGCUCAUCCCCCAGCUCGCCCCAGCUCAUCCCCAGCUCGCCCCAGUUCAUCCCCAGUUCAUCCCCACCUCGCCCCAGUUCAGCCCCAGCUUGCCCCAGUUCAGCCCGUUCUGCCCUAGCUCGCCCCAGCUCAUCCCCAGCUCGCCCCAGUUCAUCCUCAGCUCGCCCCAGUUCAUCCCCAGCUCGCCCCAAUUCAUCCCCAGCCCGCCCCCAGUUCAUCCCCAGCUCGCCCCCAGUUCAUCCUCAGCUCGCCCCCAGUUCAUCCCCAGCUCGCUCCAGUUCAUCCCCAGCUCGCCCCCAGCUCAUCCCCAGCUCAUCCCCCCCAUCCGCCCGGGACCCCCCGCAGCCCGCGCGACCCGGCAGGGCAGCGGCGUCCUUUCCCCGCCCUUCGGCGGCCGCGCCCGCGCAGGCAGCGAGGGCCGUGACUCGGGUGGAUCUGGGCGCCGGUGGGGCAGAGCGCCCCGGCUCCGCGAGUGA